AUGUUUGUACCUGCGAAAGCUGUCUCCGAUUCUGGUGAAUCAAUGUAUGAUUCAGGUGAAGAAGUCUGGUCAGCUGCAGAAUCUGAUGCAGAAGAACAAGAUGAAUCACCAGAAAACAUUGUGUCCUUGCAAAAACUUUAUGCUGUCUUUUUGUCACUACAUCUAAAGCAACACAACCUGCUGCAGGCCAAAAAACAACAGGGUCCCAACCGAAGUGUUAUUUAUCAGAAGGACUCUCAUACAAGUAACUGGCAGAAGAAGAACUAUUGGAAAGGGGCAUCAAAAGGAUGUCAGAAACUGGACUCGUUCUUUUCCAAAAAACGGACCCGCACACCAUCCCCAGAUUUACAACUCAUGUUUGAGAGUGAGAUGAUGGAUGAAACAUUGGAGGAAGAUUCUGGACUUGCCUUUGACAUCGAGAUGGGUCUCGAAUUUGAUGUCUUUUGUAUGGAGCAGCUUGAGAAUGAAUUGUCCAUUGGAGAGCCCCAGCUUCAAAUGCCCAACAAUGAGACAAAUGAUGAUUUCUGGGUAUGUCCUGUGCAGUACAAACCCACAAACCUUGAAACUGACCUUGGAUACUUGGCUGCUCAGAGCCUGGGCACCAUCACCCCUCGAGAAUUCUGCUGUCAUGUCAACAAGGUCAUUCUUCCGGCCUUGGAUUUAUCCGAGAAAAAGAGCUGUAUUUGUGAAUGGACAGCUAUCAAUUGGUUGAAGAAACUCAGUUAUAGCUGUAAAGAUGUUAAGAAGGGGGUUUACCAUGAUGGUCACGAACGCCCUGAUGUCAUUGAGGCAUGCAAAAAGUUCCUGGAUCAGAUGGAAGAAUAUGAACGAUUGCACAACAACUGCAAUUGCUUCCAGAAGCUUGACUCAAAGCAAUGGACGCUCGCAAAAUCAUAUAUCCUGGUAAAAAUCACGAUGCAUGGUGGGACCUUGCCCAACUCAUGGACCAGACGAAAGUUGCAGUUGAUAUUUUUGAGUACCUACAUCCUGAGAAAGUCGGUAUCUGGCUUUUCGAUUGCUCCUCCUGCACACGAAGGUCUCGUGGUUGAUGCACUCAAUGUCAACAAUAUGAAUGUUAACCCGGGUGGAAAACAGCGGGCCAACUUGAUACAUGAGGGAUGCCUCAGCAGUUGGUGUACCCUGACACCCCUGAUCUUCAAUUGCGAGGAAACCCAAAAGUUGUGGGAAAGUGCAGGAGCUGCCAGAAAUCACAGGCGAAGAAAGAUGCUGAGAGAUAAUGACAUAUCCCAAGCCGAGGAGGUUGAGACAGCACCAGAAAAAAAGGACUUGAUUCACAUCAAACAGCCUUCAUGGUGCACAAAUACAAGUCUCACCGCCGUGUAG